GUGACUGGCAGGACUUGUUUACUGGUGGAGAGGCUCGCAGAAAGAGAGACGGAAACGGGGAACCUGAGGGAGAGCGAGCUCCAAACGCAACGGGAAUCCAAGUUUUUCCACUUGCCCUCGUAUUUUUGAGUCUUUUUACUCGGAUUUACCUCCCUUUUUGUGGACUCCCUGACACGGGAUACUCACUUAGUGUGUUUGUGCGCUUUUUACAAGUAUCUCCAACUCUACCGCCGACGCCGAAACCUCGUUUGUUUUGGAUUAGCCAGCUAACAUUAGCUUCCCCCCCCUCCUCCUCCAUCGUUGAGAGGAAAAAAAAAGCAUCGGAGCGGCGUGGUGGAGACUUUUCUCACUACACCAGGCUAAACAAGGACAUUUUUCUUUCUUUUCCCCCCCCUCCACCUCAGUCUUCAAGGUUUCUGCUUAAAAAGGUGACGCUCGUCUCGUCUGCUCCGUUUCCCCCAGUUUGGUAUUUUUAUUUUUAUUUUUAUGGGUGUUAUUCGUUUGCGGCGCGGUGGUCAGCGGGGGUGAAGGAGUUCAGAGGAAGGUCGUAGUGUUGGAGAGAGAAAGAGAGAGAGAGACGGGGAGAAAACUGCACGUUUUUCCUGCUGGGAGUUUCCUGGGAUGUACCUCCAUUGGUCUUAAAACGGGAGAAGACGAGAAGGAAGAAGCUGCAGCGGUGAUCCUGGAGACUUUUAACUUCAGCUGGAAAAUACUCUCUGUUAUCUCAGUGGAAGAUACACACGACAGCACACCUCCAAACUAAGGGAUAAUUUAAAAAAAAAAAUUUUUUUUUCUUCCUGUAUUUAUUGGAGCAUCAACAUCAAAACAGAUGAACGGGGACUGUCGCCUUCACUUAUGGAAAAUGAUUUUCACUCGCACAUGUGUCACCAGAACCCAAGAUCAUAUAAUUUAGUUGUUUCUUUACGCAUAUAUACCAGGGCGCGCAUCACAAACUUGCCUGAGGAGGAAAAAUAACUUGAUAUCUGCUCUAAUAUAAACAUUUCCCCCCCUGAGGAUUGGAGUUUCCUAAACACCUUCAGAGGGAGAGAGAGAGCACAACUUCAAUCAAAAUGAGGUGGUUGACGCUGAAACUGCGAGCACAAUUGGUGUUUUUUAUCCUCUGUACCUGUGUUAUAUGCCAGUGUGGGCUAAUAAACGGUGAAAUUUGUCAAAGCAAGAACAUCCGGAACAACGUGACCAACCUCCGGUCACUGGAGAACUGUACCAUCAUCGAGGGCCACCUGAAGAUCCUGCUCAUGUUUGGGGCCAAGUCCGGCGACUUCCAGGGCCUCAGUUUCCCAAAGCUGCGAGUGGUCACCGACUACGUCCUCCUGUUCAGGGUCUACGGCCUGGAGACCCUCAGCGACCUCUUCCCAAACCUGACGGUGAUCCGUGGUAACAACCUGUUCUUCAACUAUGCCCUGGUGAUUUACGAAAUGCUGCAGCUGAAAGAGGUGGGCCUGCACAGCCUCAUGAAUAUCACCCGGGGUGCCGUGAGGAUAGAGAAGAACCCAGACCUGUGCUACCUGGCCACCCUGGACUGGUCCAUGAUCCUGGACUCAGUGGAGGACAACUUCAUUGUGGCCAAUAAGAACGAGCGGGAGUGUGGAGACGUGUGUCCCGGCACGGCGCAGGGCCAGACCCUCUGCACCCAGACCACCAUCAAUGGCCAUUUCAGGGGGAGAUGCUGGUCACAGACCUAUUGUCAGACAACAUGCGAUAACUGUAAAAAUGGCGCAUGCAGCCGUCAGGGCCAGUGCUGCCACGAUCAGUGCCUGGGCGGUUGCUCGGAGCCGGGGAACGCCACCAGCUGUGUGGCCUGCAGGAACCUCCAGCAUGGAAACAUCUGCGUGGACAAAUGCCCUCCUGGAUACUACGUCUUCCAAGGCUGGCGCUGUGUCAGCUUCUCUUUCUGCCAGGACCUUCACAGCCAGUGUAAGAAAUCUAAAAACCUGGAUGCCAACUGCCAUGAGUACGUCAUCUACAACGGGGCCUGCAUUCAGGAGUGUCCUUCUGGAUACAGCAGCAACUCCACUACGCUGACCUGUGAACCUUGUGCGGGCCCCUGUCCUAAAGCAUGCCAGGGAAAUAAAACGAUUGACUCUGUAACUUCGGCCCAGGCGUUAAGAGGAUGCACCGUCAUUGAGGGCAACAUGGUCAUCAAGAUCCGAGGAGGAACGAACAUAGCGGCCGAGCUGGAGGCUAGCCUUGGACAGAUCGAGGUCAUCAAAGGUUACCUGAGUAUUCGCAGAGCCUACGCAUUGGUCUCCCUCUCCUUCCUGCGAAAGCUACAUACCAUUAAGGGAGAGCAACUUGAAGCAGAUAGCUACGCCUUUUACGCACUCGACAACCAAAACCUCCGCCAGCUGUGGGAUUGGUCCAAGCACAACCUGACAAUCGAGCGAGGUCGCACGUUCUUCCACUUCAACUCUAAGCUUUGCAUGUCGGAAAUCAGAAAGCUGGAGAAGAUAACGGGAACCAAGGAGCGCAACCAGAAGAACGACAUCGCAGCUCGCACCAACGGAGACCAAGCAUCCUGUGAGAUGCAGCUGCUGAACUUCACUUCUGUCAAGGUCAGGUACAACAUGAUCAUCCUGAAGUGGAAUUCGUUUUGGCCGUCGGACUACAGAGACCUGCUGGGAUUUAUGGUUCUCUACAAAGAGGCCCCGUACAAGAAUGUGACGGAGUUCGACGGACAGGAUGCGUGUGGCUCAAACAGCUGGGUUAUUGCUGACGUUGACCCACCGCCGCGCGCCAACCAGGAAGAUCCAGGCUACCUCAUCCGGUCGUUGAAACCCUGGACCCAGUAUGCCAUCAUGGUGAGAACCCAGCUGUCUGCGUCUGACGAGCAUCAGGUUCAUGGAGCCAAGAGUGACAUCAUCUAUGUUCGCACGAAUGCCUCAAAACCCUCUGGACCUCUGGACCCCAUCUCAUCCUCGAACUCCUCAUCUCAGAUCAUUUUGAAGUGGAAGCCUCCCACCAGUCCCAACGGCAAAAUCACCCACUACCGGGUCAUCUGUCACAAGCAGGAGGAGGACAGUGACCUCUACAAGUUUGACUACUGCCUGCAAGGAAUGAAGCUGCCAUCCCGCACCCCGACCCACCUCGACAGCGAAGACGAGCAGAAGUGGAACCGAACAGAAGAGCCCAACUCGGGGGGCGGGUGCUGCACUUGCCCAAAGACGAAAAUGGAGAUCGAGAAGCAGCAGAAGGAGAUAGCGUACCGCAAGACCUUUGAGGAUUACCUCCAUAAUGUAGUCUUUGAGAGCAAACAAAGUCGUCCACGGCGCUCUGUGGAGAAUCCUGAGCCCAUUGGGUCCACGCACUUUUAUUCCACAAUGUCCAGUCUGCAGACCACCACUGCCUCAUACAAGGAAGAAGAGAAGGAUGAUAAGGUGGUGGAAAAUGUGUUUGGAAGGGAGUCAACAGUCAUAUCCAACCUGCAGCACUUCACCAGCUAUAAGAUAGAGAUCAUAGCCUGCAACCAUCUCACUGACCCCGGCCGCUGCAGCAUGGCCACCUACGUCAGCGCCCGGACCAUGCCAGAGUUAAAAGCAGACGACAUCCCGGGACCGGUGACCCAUGAGAUUGUGAAUGAAGAACCUCCCCAUGUGCUUGUGAAAUGGCACGAGCCUCCAUCGCCUAACGGCCUCAUCAUCCUUUAUGAGGUGUUCUACCGCAAGGUUGGAGACACAGAGCCCCACUCAAUUUGUGUGUCACGGCUGAGCUAUGAGAAGUUUGGUGGCACAAAGCUCACCUUGCUACAGCCUGGGAACUACAGCGUGAUCGUCCGGGCCACGUCGUUGGCUGGAAACGGAUCUUUUACAGAAACCACAUACUUCUUCAUGCCCAGCCCUGAUACAGGUAUAGCUUUGAUUGUUUCCGCUCCGAUUGUCUCCUCCAUCUUGCUGUUGUUUGUGGGAGUCAUCGCCUUUUAUGUCUUCAAGAAAAGGCAAACUGAGGGUCCAUUAGGAGAUCUCAUCACCUCACCAAAUCCUGAAUAUUUCAGUGCCAAUGACAUGUAUGUUCCUGACGAGUGGGAGGUUCCCCGGGAGAAGAUCACGCUGCUCCGGGAGCUGGGUCAGGGCUCCUUCGGCAUGGUGUACGAGGGAAUCGCUCAGGACAUCGUCAAAGGAGAACCGGAGACGCGCGUCGCCGUCAAAACCGUCAACGAAUCGGCCAGCCUCAGGGAGAGGAUCGAGUUCCUGAACGAAGCUUCAGUCAUGAAGGCCUUCAGCUGUCACCACGUGGUUCGUCUGCUUGGAGUCGUGUCCAAAGGUCAGCCCACGCUGGUGGUGAUGGAGCUGAUGACUCAUGGUGACCUGAAGAGCUACCUGCGGAGUCUGAGGCCAGACUCUGAGAACAAUCCAACGGGCUCCCCGCCGCCCACCCUGAAAGACAUGCUCCAGAUGGCAGCAGAGAUCGCAGACGGCAUGGCCUACCUCAACGCCAAGAAGUUUGUGCACAGAGACCUGGCGGCCAGGAACUGCAUGGUGGCCGAGGACUUCACCGUCAAGAUCGGAGACUUCGGAAUGACGCGGGAUAUUUACGAGACAGACUACUACCGCAAAGGAGGAAAGGGCCUGCUUCCUGUCAGGUGGAUGGCUCCAGAGUCUCUGAAAGACGGCGUGUUCACCGCCCACUCCGACUGCUGGUCGUUUGGGGUCGUGCUGUGGGAAAUCAGCACGCUAGCGGAGCAGCCUUACCAGGGCUUGUCCAACGAGCAGGUCCUGAAGUUUGUGAUGGACGGAGGGUUCUUGGACCGACCCGACAACUGCCCUGAGAGGAUGCACAGCCUGAUGCAGAUGUGCUGGCAGUACAACCCCAAGAUGCGGCCGACGUUCCUGGAGAUCAUCGAGAUGCUGCGGGACGACCUUCACCCGACUUUCCAGGAGGUCUCCUUCUUCUACAGCGAGGAGAACAAAGUCCCUGAGACGGAGGACUUCGACCUGGACCUGGACAACAUGGAGAGCAUCCCCCUGGACCCGUCGUCUUAUUCCCAGAGGGAGGAGAGCUUAAGCAGAGACAGCGGGCCCUCGGUGGCCCUCAGGGGGAACUACGAGGAGCACGUCCCCUACACACACAUGAACGGUGGCAAGAAAAACGGGAGAAUCCUGUCGUUGCCCAGAUCGAGUCCUUCCUAACACCUCCUGCCCCUGAAAUGACUAGUAACACUUCCCUCGUCUCCACACCCCCUGUCUUUCAGUCCAUUUUUCUGUACCCUGCAACCAUUUUCUAACGAUUUUCUUAUUCUUAGAGAAACUCUUAAAAAAAACGACAAAGAAAAAAAAAAAAUGACACGGAUCUCAGGACUUUGAAUUUUCUUCCUCACGGCUGCCAAACCAAGGCAAGCAAGGGAUGCAAAUGCCUCUUUUUAACUUGCUCCACGACACAUCAGACUUCAGCAUGUUUCCAGGACUCCUAGUGACGGAAACAACAAUGAAACAAAAAAAAAAAAAUUCAAAACUGUGAACACAACAAACCUUAGACAACCAAGAAGGCUGCUCGACCUUCCCCACCACCCUCCUGCCGAACUGCAUUUUCCACACUUCUGUGCUUUUAACUUUUUUUGUCUCUCCAAAUGAAAUCUUUUUACUCUGAUGGUGGCCUUUUUUAAAAUACGUGGCCUAUAAACUAAAGAAUCAUGUCUAAGUAAAUUCCUUUUUUUGUUGUUGUUGUACGAUGACUUAAUCAGUGGGAUGAAUUGAUCUUAGAACAAACAUCUAUUCCUGGAGGAACGUUUUCUUUCGUCUAAUUUUGUUUUCUUUUUUCUUUUUUGGUUCUGCAAAAUUCCGUACUGCACACAGAUUUAUCUGGUGUUUGGUGAAUAGUUUUAAUUUAUUGGUUUUACUUCCCUCCUCUUUUUGUUUCUGUGUCCUCACUUUGUGGCUGAAGGAUAUUUAAAUAGUUAGAAUUUGGACAAAAGAGUUCAUCAGACUGACCAAUAGCUGCUGCUUUGAUAUAUUAUAGUGGGUAUAUAAAUAUAUAUAUAUAUACUAUAUAUAGUAUAUAUAUAUAAAAUAAUGGUGUUUCUAAGCCAAUGUUUUAUAUAUAAUAUACUGUAUAACAUUGAUGGGGUUUUGGUUUUGUAAAUACUGUAGUUGAUAUUUGUGUUCAUCCGAGGCUUUGCUUGCGUUUUAAUGUCUUUGUUUUUUAAGAAUUAUUUUGGUUUUUUAGCCCUGGAAGUUACACUAAUCUACCGUCAGUGUUCUCUGUGUCUUAGGCAUCCAGCCCUUGAUUAUUUCUUAUUCUUUAAUAUUUUUACAAUCUUGGGGGAAAAUUUCCCAUUUCUGGAGGCUACUUUACUACUGGAGAAAAAAUUGAAAAGAUCAAUAUCCUAAAAGCUUUACAAAUGGGGGAUCGAGGCCUUUAUAGGGUCAAAGUGCUCCUGAUACGUGUUCGUCUGCCGUUUUCUCUGGUCGCAUCACAGUUUGCCUUUUGAUCUCUUUGGCUUUUUUUGUGGAGGAAAAAAAAAAGAAGAAACGAAAUUCGGUUGCAAAAAUUUGGUGUGGAAAUUAUGCAACUUUCGGUGUUUUAGUUCAAGUUUCGUCUCGGUUAGGGCUUGUAAGAAGGCAGGUGAAGUGGACGAUGUUUGGGAUUUAAAUCAGGGAGAGUUUCUCCAUUAAAGUCGAGGAUUGAUAAAUCUCCCACAGUUCAUUUCUCCUGCACUGCCGUCGCUUCCUCCACGGCUUCCUGCCGGCCGCUGAACUCUCCUCUCCAAAGAGGUCUGGUGGAAAUUUCCACGUUUUUCCUGGCCGAGGGCUGCAGAGAGAUGCAGAAAGUUCCAAAUGUAUUUACAGCCGGCAGUCCUGCUCUCUGUUCAGCACACCGGGUGGUGGGUGGGGAUCAUGAGUAGAUUGUUAAUCCAUUUCUCCUCCCUGCCAUCCCAUGCAGUCAGAGCACGGCGUGCAGCAGCUUUCUCGCUCAGGACUGACAUUCCAGGAUUUUUGUCAAAACUCCUUGUUCCCUCAAAAUCCUGUUACGUUGGACUGUUUUGCUGUGUUCCUCUUUGGCUGCCUGUUUUUUGUUUUUUUUUUUAAAAGAUAAACGUUUCACCCCAUAAAUCUAAAACGUUCCUGUCAGCGGCGCCAACAAAUCAGCUAAAAAGAUUUCCAUUCAGAGCAGAUGGUGAGGAAACUCGUUUCUCUCAAAUGGCAUUUUUCUCUAAUCCUUUUCUUCGAGGACAUAGAUACUGUGAUCGCCGAGCCACCUGAGCAGCGUUCAUCUUUUAAAGGGUGGCCAAAGUCAGAGAUAGCAGAGAAGCUGCCUCCAUAUCUCACCAGUGCCUUUUUAAAUUUUUUUCUCUCCAAUCAAAACCGGAGCCUUUCUUAAGGCUGAUGUAACACGCAGGAAACAACUCCUGGUGCAUUCACUGUUGUUGUUUUUUAUAUUACAAGGAAAGCAAAAGGUUUCUUUGACACGAGAAGUCAUGUUUGGAUUGGUGUGGACAGACCAGGGUCUGAAUCAUUGCUACUUGGAGUCAUCUGAGGUUACGGUUGGCAGAAGGGGACAAAUUUGUUGGUACAAUUGGAAAACAUGUGUAACUAGCCUUAAAAUCAGUUGUUUCUGUGUUGAAGGAGCCUAUUCUCACUCUGAAUAUUUUGGGCAAAUCCAGCCUUUAAUUUGAGUACAGUUAUUUAGUCAAAGAAAAAACAACAGCAGUACAUUUACUGGCUUGAUUUUGUGUGCCAUUUUUAUGUUAAUUUGGAAGAUAGUAAAUUGUUUUGGACAUUUAUCAUCCUGGAAGGCUUAAUGUCGUGACACAUUAUUGGUGUAGUCCACCAGCCUUUUGCUAAAAUCUUAGCUAAGGUCACCAGAAACGGUUAAGGACUAAUUGGCCCGCAGCAUCACAGCUCCUCCUCUUUACAGUGGACAUGAAAUUAUUAUUUUUUAAAGAUUUUAGUCUAAUUUGACCAACGCACACGAUUCCCAGAAGAGUUUAACAAACUCCACACAGUCACGUUUGUGACGGUUUUACAGAAAGGCUGAAUCUCUUUACCAACCACUUGGCGUGUAGAUAGCAUUUAAUGGUUGCUAUGGAGACUGGCAAAACCAGGAGGCCACGUAUUCCCACAAUUCCCAGUGAACUCUUUAUUACCUCCAUCACACUAACUGUAAGUGAUGGCAAUUUAAAUCUUAAGCAAAUAAAUCCUUCAGAUUAUAUAUAAAAUGAUUAUUUCUUAUGUAUCUGUUGGAUUUCUACUGUGAGAUUCUGCUGCAGCAACAAAAAGCAGGACUUUAUUUUAAGGCUUUUUUUUUUUUUACACGCAUGUACCAGGUUUAACCAACAAAUUCGUCUGUCUGAAAUGUUGAACAGUAAUGCCAAGGAUGUAAAAUCUUGAGCUCCAUACUUGCCUUACCAGCUCAUUGCUUGAGAUAUAAAUGGGCAACAAAAGAUAUUAAACUGCACAACUCUGGCUUAUUAAGAGACAUUUGGAAUAUUCUACCAAUUAUGCUUAAGGUUUCCAACUCUAUCACACUACAGUACGCACUAGUUUGUAUCAUGGUCUCUGGUCUCAUCUCCAUAUGCAAAUGUUAACUUAUCUUUGAUGGUCUCUUUGGAAAAAGCAACUAUUUAUUUCAAACUGAACACACUUUCUUGCUUUGAUUGAGCGUCGGUGAGGUUCCGGGUGAUAGUCCGGGUGGAGGAGCUGGCGGUGAGCAGCUCUGUUAAUAGUUUGUAAGUAGUUGUCGUCUUUGUCUUUGUGUUUGGCCGGAGUCUACCUCAGCGCAGGAGGAGGAAACCGUUCAAAGAGCCUCAAUCAUCCCCACUGCCUGCUCAGCAUCACUGCAGAGAAGAUCACCUAAUCCCACAUUUCACACACACACUUAUGGUGUUAACUCUCCCCUGCCUUCUUUUAUAUACCCUUAGUUACUGCUUUGUCUUGUGUCAGGGGAAAGCCUUGCGUUAUUUUGAGUUAAACACAAGGCUUGGAGCUUGGUGAGCGGCUCCUUCUCACGCUCCGCAGCCACAGGAGGAAGCAGUUGACCUCCACGCUCCUUCUCUCUGCUCACAUCUGCUGAUUUCACAGCAGAUCCUGAGUGUCUCUGUGAUCACCUGUUUGCAGCCAAAGCUAACGAAGCUCAGUCACGGACCUUACGCUCUGUAAAACGACCUUUCCCACAUUCAUCCUCCUCUUGUCUUGAGUCUGUGUAUGUUUUUUUUAUCUUCUUUUUUUUUCAACUGUGAAUAUCAAGAGAUGACCUUUUAUUUUCUGCUAUCGCCAUGGAUACGGUGGGUCUGUUCACGACACAGAAGUGUGGGCUGGGUUAAACAGGACCUUUUACCCUGCUGCAGAGGAGAACAAGCUGACUGGGACAAUCCUGUGUGCCAUAAACAAAAACUUUGAACAGAUUUAAAAUCUUGAUUGUAAAUUUUCGUCUCAGGGAGGCAGCUCAAUGCUUUGUCUCAAGAGCAUAAAGAGGAGGAGGAGGAGGAAGAAGAGCUACUAACCUUUUUAUCUACUCUAAGUCAAUUAAAGAUAAUCAGGAAUCCUCGUCUCUGUGGGUCUGAUGUGAUGUGGUUGAGACUGCCCUCUAGUGGCUCACAGGGGGCAUUGCAGUGCCUUCUUAAGACUAUUGGCACACCUGACUCAAACUGUCCCCCAGACUGACCUGUCUCCAACAAUCACACAAGAUUUUCCAUCUCCAAGCAUUAAAUAAAAACAUGUUUUUUACACAUUCUGUUUCUUUUGCCUUUUGGCUCUAAAUGCAGGAAAAAAAAAAUACAAACUGUAAUUUGUGACUAAGAAGAAAACAAAAGAAAAGCUGAUGAACUCUACUCUGCUGAGCUCCAGCCUGCUUUGUUGAUUGGAUGAGAAAUGUGCACCAGUUUGAUGGUUUAAUGUCUGUCUCUGAUCCGUCUGUUACCACUGGGACGCCCAGCCCAAAAGCACACAGACGCACACACCCACACACAAAACCAAACAACAAAAGCGUAUCAUUUGGAAAUCUCUACAAUUAUAAUAAGCUCAUCAAACUGUAAAUAGCAGCCAAUGUCGUCUGUCCAGAAAAAUGGAAAUAAAGAGAAGCACUUGGUUUUAGGGAAGGUUUGCUAAACUCUUGGGUGAGAACAAAGCAGAUUAUGGUUUAUUGUUUUUGUUUUACGCAGAUAUAAAAGUAUUACAUUUUAGAGAUGUUGAUUUCUAUUUUUUUAGCAAAAGUAGGGGAGGAUAAAUACAAUACUUUUUUCUGACUGUAAAGAUUUCCUACUCUUGUACAUGAUGAAUUUAAUGUUAUCAAUGUGUGUGUAUAUAUCUUUUUCUAAUUUUAAGAUUAUUGAUUUUUCUUCGUUUUAUUGUUUUUAUGACCCGACCCACCACACAGAAACAUACCCUCAUCUGUUUGUGUAUUUAAUUAGGAGGAGAAGCAGCUUUCUAGUCUGAGGACAAGUUAAACAGGAUGUGGCCUCAAACCUUUGGCAUCUCAUAAUCCCACACUAGUUUUGUGAAUGUCGGCCGCCCAGGCCCCACUCUUUGAAACUCGGUGGAAGCAGCAUGUCGACCAAGAAGCCUUCUCUUCUCUCACCAAUAUGUCUCCUAUUGUUUUAAAUUGUCAAUAUAAAACAUAUUUACUUGAAAUUUGGAGAAAAGCUGGAGAAGACCACUGCUCGUGUACGUUGAGGAGGAAUUCUAGGAUGAGAUCCAGAAUAAACUAAAAAAGAGAAGCUAGUUUGUGCUUUUGAGUUCAACUCUCUGAAAGUCUGGAGGUGUUUCUUCUUGCAAAGAUUAAAAUGUUUGCGUUUGGUAAAAGCCCGUUCAAAUUAUUUAUACUUAGCAGAUCUACUUUCUCUUAUCAUAAUUUAGUCAAAAGUUUACAAAUCAUUAAAAAAAAAACAAUCUUCUUUUAGGGGAAGAUUUUUUUUUUUCCUGAGAUGAUAGAUGAUUACUUCCUAACCUUGUGAACUGCCCUGUUUAUUCAAUUAAGCAAAGGUGAAAUGAGUGGAGUGUUAUCAAGUGGUAAAGUGUGAGAUUACAGUUAACUUACUUUGUUUUUCUCUCCUAAUUUUACAAAGUACAUUUGUUCCAUGUACCUUCCUCAUAUUUGCAAGGAUGUUCAGCAUGAUUUGUUUUUCUAGAGGCUUUUAUUAAAAUCUUUAUUACUUUACAGGGCCUCACCUCACUCCAGCUGCAUAAAUCUACCCAAGUUUUUUAUAUAUAUAUAAAAUAGAACGCCUCCUGCUCUGACUAAAUCCACAACUGUUUUAUUUUAAUUUAUAAACUCAAAUUGAUCUCGGCUAAAUGACUGUAAUCGGACCCUCUUCAUUGCGUUAAAUCGAGCUGGUGGUCUGCUCCAGUUUAGAAACCUUCUGUUUGUUUUUGUUGUUGUCUGGUUGCUCCUCUUCAUCCUCUCUGUCUCUAAGUGUUUCUCUCGGUGCACAUAGGUGGUUUCCCAGAUUUCUGUGUGUAGUCCAGAUACCUCUUUAUUAAUAUACGUUUUAUUGCAGAUGUGUUCAUUUUUGGAACAUGUUGUGUAUACAUUACAAUGAGACGUUGUUGUGACUGCAGACAGCAGGUGUAAAUGUGUGUUUGUACAGUCCAAACCCCCCCAAAGCUCGCAAAACCCCCCACAGAUGUCGCUUUACGCCCCCCGCCCUCCUUCUCACCUCACACUGGAUCCAGAUGUGCCAUGACCUGCGUUUGUGUACCACAGACAGCAAACACGUUGGAGUUCCUCUCACUCACACGCAUAAAACGCAGAGAUAAAUGCCCAUUGUACAGGAUCAAAAAAUUGUGCCAUGACUAAAAGAACGCUUGACAAUUUAUUUUUUCUAUACGUUUUCAAACGGAGAGCCAAGUAGUGACAUGCAAAGAAAAUGUUGCAAUGAUAUGAAAAUAAGAAAAUCUUGCUGUGUGUAAAUUAUUCAACAAUUAACUGUUUAUAUUAAAAUUAUGAAUAAAAUUAUUGGAGAAUAUG